AUGGGCCAAGGCGGGGGGGAGGGGCGGGGGACGCGGCGUCGCCAGCCGAGGGGUGCCAGGGAGUGCGGACGCAGGGGGCGCAGGAGCCCGCGCCGGCGCCAGGGCCGGGCCUUAUCCGGCGGCAACUAUACCGGCCGGUCCCGGAGGGGGAUGCUUGGGGUGAGGAUGAGGGGCUCUCGCGCGCACGCGCCCAUCCCGGUCCGCGCGCUUCUCGCCCACGUGCGUGGCCCCGUGCGGCGCAGGCCCCUCCCCGGGGGGCGCGGCGUGGGCGGGGCUCCUCCUGGCGGCCGCGCCCAACCCUACAAGUCCGCGGCGCUUCGUCGCCUGUCCCAACCUGCUCGGUGGCCCACGGCCGGGCGGGGCCGCGCACAAACAGCCCGCGGGCCGGGCGGGGCGGCGAGGGCCGGAAGCCCCGCCCGUGCGGCUCCGAGUCGUCCCCGGGAACUCCCGGCGCCCAGCCUGGGGGUGCUCCGGCGCCCCUCGCAGGGAGAAGUUCCUGAGGCCCCGGCCCUGGGCGCCCCGAGCGCAGCCCCUCGAGGAUCCGGGGACCGAGUAUCCCCCUCCUAGGAGGGGCCGGUUUCCUGGAGCUGGGGGAGCGGAUUUGGAACCGGGGCCGGGGGCUGGCUCCUGGAUCGAGCCGGGGAGGAGCACGUACCUAAAUGGGGACUGAACUUCGCAUGAGGGAGCGGUUGGAUACGCGUCUGAGACGAUGGG